AUGAAGUGGAAGGACAAACGCGAUGUACUUAUGUUGUCAACAAAACACAAAGACAAUUUAAUAGAAACAACUAACAAACGUGGUCAAAAAUUAUUCAAACCAAAAAUGAUAAUGGAUUAUAAUAAGGCAAAAGGUUUUGUCGAUAUUUCUGAUUUGAGAAGUUCUUACCAUUCACCACUUCGUCGAUCUUUAAAAUGGUAUCGAAAAGUAGCAUUCGAAAUUCUACUAAAUACAAGUUUAUUAAAUGCAUUGACAUUGUUUAAUACUGUGACUGGUAAUAAAAUGGGUGUGGUAGAAUUUAGAGAAAAUAUAAUUCAAGUUUUACUAAUGAAAGCCAAUAUACCAAUGAUACCCAAAUCAACUGGAGGAGAAAUUCAUAAAAUUGUUAAUUCUAAACGUGGUAGAUGUUCAAAUUGUUAUUUCGAAAUG